AGACAUGACACGAUUGAUGACUGAUGUCAACUGCUUUUGAACAAACCUGCAACAAUUUGGACAUCAGCACUUCAGUGAUCAACGUGCUAAUGAUCAUAGGAAGAGCAGUGUGGCCAAUAAAGGAAUGGCAAUAACAAAGAAUGGGUUGAGUGUCCUUGUUCUCCUGGUGACAUGCUCUGUUUUGGAAACACGGGAAGUCAUUGAGAUUUCCAGCCUUUUUUCACAGGCAUUCAACACAGAGUACAACCCACAUCUGUCACAUGUUAGGGGAAAAAGAGCAGUCCUGACAGUAUUAUCCAAUCGAUGGAACUACAUAAUUGAUGUUGAAGUGAACGUGUCAGACAUCAAAACAAUAGAGCAAAUUAAGUCAGCUGUGAAUUCAACAAGUCUUCCCCUCACUAUCAACAACUCCACUGAAAUCUCUGACGUGCACAUCACUACUGUGUGCUACCCAAAUGGUACUGGAUUCCAGUGCAGAUGUGAGGACCAGUAUCGUUGGUCAUAUAACAACUGUGUCACAUAUGGAUCCUGUGAUGACAUCACUGGUGACACAUGUGGAUGUAUCAAUGCCAAUCCAGCUGAUGGACAGUACUGCCAGCCAUACACAAAACCUGUAACUCUUCUGGAGUACUUUGUGGAAGUUGAGGUCAAUGUCAAUGACUUAAAAGCCAUAGACGAACCGAAGAACCUUCUGAAAAACCUCAGUUUACCAUUCGCACUUAGUAGCAUGAUCAACAUCACAGAUCUCAACAUUACUACAGUGUGCUACACAAAUGGUACUGGAUUCCAGUGCAGAUGUGAGGACCAGUAUCGAUGGUCGUGUAACAAUUGCGCCAUCUAUGGGGCAUGUGAAGAAAAUACAGAUAAACCAUGUAGCUGUAUUAAUGCAAUUCCUUCUGAUGGAGAGUACUGCCAGUCGGUUCAAAACCCAAACUUUACAGCAUGUCCAACCACAACAGCCUCUCCUACAACAGUUCCAACAGUACCACUGACUCUCUAUGAGUACAUGAUUGAAAUUGAACUGAACACCACAGACGUUACAGUGAUAGAUCAACUGAGAGCCAUUCUGAGAAAUGCUAUUUACCCUGUCAGAAUCAACAAUCUGAUACAAAUCACUGGUGUUAACAUGUCUACAGUUUGCUUCCCAAAUGGUACUGGAUUCCAGUGCAGAUGUGAGGACCAGUAUCGUUGGUCAUGUGACCAGUGUGUCUCUUAUGGCAAUUGUGAUGACAUCACAUCUGAAACGUGUGGAUGUAUCAAUGCCAUUCCUCCAGAUGGACAGUACUGCCAGUCGGUUCACCACCAAAACUUUACAGCAUGUCCAACAACAACAGCCUCUCCUACAACAGUUCCAACAGUACCACCGACUCUCUAUGAGUACAUGAUUGAAAUUGAACUGAACACCACAGACGUUACAGUGAUAGAUCAACUGAGAGCCAUUCUGAGAAAUGCUAUUUACCCUGUCAGAAUCAACAAUCUGACACAAAUCACUGGUGUUAACAUGUCUACAGUUUGCUUCCCAAAUGGUACUGGAUUCCAGUGCAGAUGUGAGGACCAGUAUCGUUGGUCAUGUGAACAGUGUGUCUCUUAUGGGAAUUGUGAUGACAUCACCUCUGAAACGUGUGGAUGUAUCAAUGCCAUUCCUCCAGAUGGACAGUACUGCCAGUCGGUUCACCACCAAACAUGUCCAACAACAACAGCCUCUCCUACAACAACAACAAUCUCUCCUACAACAGUUCCAACAGUACCACCGACUCUCUAUGAGUACAUGAUUGAAAUUGAACUGAACACCACAGACGUUACAGUGAUAGAUCAACUGAGAGCCAUUCUGAGAAAUGCUAUUUACCCUGUCAGAAUCAACAAUCUGAUACAAAUCACUGGUGUUAACAUGUCUACAGUUUGCUUCCCAAAUGGUACUGGAUUCCAGUGCAGAUGUGAGGACCAGUAUCGUUGGUCAUGUGACCAGUGUGUCUCUUAUGGGAAUUGUGAUGACAUCACAUCUGAAACGUGUGGAUGUAUCAAUGCCAUUCCUCCAGAUGGACAGUACUGCCAGUCGGUUCACCACCAAAACUUUACAGCAUGUCCAACAACAACAGCCUCUCCUACAACAGUUCCAACAGUACCACCGACUCUCUAUGAGUACAUGAUUGAAAUUGAACUGAACACCACAGACGUUACAGUGAUAGAUCAACUGAGAGCCAUUCUGAGAAAUGCUAUUUACCCUGUCAGAAUCAACAAUCUGACACAAAUCACUGGUGUUAACAUGUCUACAGUUUGCUUCCCAAAUGGUACUGGAUUCCAGUGCAGAUGUGAGGACCAGUAUCGUUGGUCAUGUGAACAGUGUGUCUCUUAUGGGAAUUGUGAUGACAUCACAUCUGAAACGUGUGGAUGUAUCAAUGCCAUUCCUCCAGAUGGACAGUACUGCCAGUCGGUUCACCACCAAAACUUUACAGCAUGUCCAACAACAACAGCCUCUCCUACAACAACAACAAUCUCUCCUACAACAGUUCCAACAGUACCACCGACUCUCUAUGAGUACAUGAUUGAAAUUGAACUGAACACCACAGACGUUACAGUGAUAGAUCAACUGAGAGCCAUUCUGAGAAAUGCUAUUUACCCUGUCAGAAUCAACAAUCUGAUACAAAUCACUGGUGUUAACAUGUCUACAGUUUGCUUCCCAAAUGGUACUGGAUUCCAGUGCAGAUGUGAGGACCAGUAUCGUUGGUCAUGUGACCAGUGUGUCUCUUAUGGGAAUUGUGAUGACAUCACAUCUGAAACGUGUGGAUGUAUCAAUGCCAUUCCUCCAGAUGGACAGUACUGCCAGUCGGUUCACCACCAAAACUUUACAGCAUGUCCAACAACAACAGCCUCUCCUACAACAGUUCCAACAGUACCACCGACUCUCUAUGAGUACAUGAUUGAAAUUGAACUGAACACCACAGACGUUACAGUGAUAGAUCAACUGAGAGCCAUUCUGAGAAAUGCUAUUUACCCUGUCAGAAUCAACAAUCUGAUACAAAUCACUGGUGUUAACAUGUCUACAGUUUGCUUCCCAAAUGGUACUGGAUUCCAGUGCAGAUGUGAGGACCAGUAUCGUUGGUCAUGUGACCAGUGUGUCUCUUAUGGGAAUUGUGAUGACAUCACAUCUGAAACGUGUGGAUGUAUCAAUGCCAUUCCUCCAGAUGGACAGUACUGCCAGUCGGUUCACCACCAAAACUUUACAGCAUGUCCAACAACAACAGCCUCUCCUACAACAGUUCCAACAGUACCACCGACUCUCUAUGAGUACAUGAUUGAAAUUGAACUGAACACCACAGACGUUACAGUGAUAGAUCAACUGAGAGCCAUUCUGAGAAAUGCUAUUUACCCUGUCAGAAUCAACAAUCUGAUACAAAUCACUGGUGUUAACAUGUCUACAGUUUGCUUCCCAAAUGGUACUGGAUUCCAGUGUAGAUGUGAGGACCAGUAUCGUUGGUCAUGUGAACAGUGUGUCUCUUAUGGGAAUUGUGAUGACAUCACAUCUGAAACGUGUGGAUGUAUCAAUGCCAUUCCUCCAGAUGGACAGUACUGCCAGUCGGUUCACCACCAAAGUAAGAACAAACAUCCUUACACAUUUGACUUUUGUUAA